UGGUUUGUAGCAAGGAGGGGAAAGCAGAUGCAGAAGACACAUCACGGCAGCAUCUCACCUUCAGCCGGCAGGACCAGAACAACCUCUCUGCGACCGGGCAUCGUCGGAAAGAUAAGAGACCGAUAUCAAACGAGAUUGUCGGAAAGAAGCUAUUGAACAAUUCCCUAACAUCUGUUAUUUCCAUUAUGUAGGGAAUCCUGUUGUGAUUUUUAUCCUACGUUUCGACGUCUUAUCACGUCCGUGUCCACCUUUCUGCGACAAGAAGAUCCGUACCGCCCUACCUCGUAUUGACCCUCCAACCAUGCUGUGAAACCCACGCAACACGCGUGUCUAGAUGUUAUCCGUGCACAGCUGUCGUAUUUGAUAGUCCUUUUAUUCUAAAGCUCCGUCCCGCAGCCCUCGUCACUCCUUCCUCCGCCCGGGCCUGCCCUGUAUAGUGCGGUAGUGCUUCACGCAAUACAUCGUCUCGCCCAACUGAAUUUGCGCAAUGGCUGAAGCUGUGACCGAGUGCAACAUCAAAGUGCUGUGUCGCUUUCGCCCUCUGAAUCAAUCGGAGAUCAUGCGUGGAGACCAGUUCAUCCCCAACUUCCUAGCAGACGACACCGUCAGCGUUGGGGGCAAGUCCUACGCCUUCGAUCGGGUGUUCCCCACCAACACCACCCAGGAGCAGGUGUACAACACCUGUGCCAAGCAGAUCGUCAAAGAUGUGCUCGGUGGAUACAAUGGCACUAUCUUUGCUUAUGGGCAAACCGCCUCCGGGAAGACCCACACCAUGGAGGGUAAACUGCAUGACCCUCAUCAGAUGGGUAUCAUCCCUCGCAUCGCCGAAGAUAUCUUCAACCAUAUCUUCGCCAUGGACGAGAACCUGGAGUUCCACAUCAAGGUCUCUUACUUUGAAAUCUACAUGGAUAAGAUCCGUGAUCUCCUGGAUGUGACGAAGACCAACCUCGCUGUGCAUGAGGAUAAGAAUAGGGUCCCCUUCGUCAAGGGAUGCACUGAGCGAUUUGUGUCCAGCCCUGAUGAGGUCAUGGAUGUGAUUGAUGAGGGAAAAUCCAAUCGCCAUGUGGCUGUGACCAACAUGAACGAGCACAGCUCCAGGAGCCACAGCAUCUUCCUGAUCAGCAUCAAGCAGGAGCACGUGGAGACGGAGCAGAAGCUGUGUGGGAAGCUCUACCUGGUGGAUCUGGCUGGCAGCGAGAAGGUCAGUAAGACGGGGGCAGCAGGAGCGGUGCUGGACGAGGCCAAGAACAUCAACAAGUCUCUAUCUGCGCUGGGGAACGUCAUCUCCGCCCUGGCCGAGGGAACGAAAACCCAUGUGCCGUACCGGGACAGCAAGAUGACCCGCAUCCUGCAGGACUCUCUGGGCGGGAACUGCAGGACCACCAUGUUCAUCUGCUGCUCCCCGUCCUCCUACAACGACGCCGAGACCAAGUCCACCCUGAUGUUCGGCCAACGUGCCAAGACCAUCAGGAACACGGCCUCCAUCAACCUUGAGCUGACGGCGGAGCAGUGGAAGCGGAAGUACGAGAAGGAGAAGGAGAAGAACAAGACCAUGAAGGAGACUCUCCAGAGGCUGGAGGCUGAACUCAACCGCUGGAGGAACGGGGAGAACGUGCCCGAGACGGAGCGCACCACAGCGGACGUGGUGACCCGUCUGGAGGCAGUGGAGGAGCGCACCACGCCCACGGCCAUCCUGGACAACGACACAUCCUCCAUCGUGGUGCGCAUCUCAGAGGAGGAGCGGCAGAAGUACGAGGAGGAGAUCCGCAAGCUGUACAAGCAGCUGGACGACAAGGAUGACGAGAUCAACCUUCAGUGCCAGUUGGUGGAGAAACUCAAGGAACAGAUGAUGGACCAGGAUGAGCUGCUGGCCUCCUCCCGUGGCGAUGGGGACAAGGUGCAGAUGGAGCUGGGCCGGCUUCAGAUGGAGAGCGACUGCGCCAAGGCGGAGGUGAAGGAGGUGCUGCUGGCCCUUGAGGAGCUGGCCGUCAACUAUGACCAGAAGAGCCAGGAGGUGGAGGAGAAGGGCCUGCAGAACCAGCUGCUGGCCGAACAACUUGCCCAGAAGAUGGCCAACCUGAUGGAGCUGGAGGCGGAGCUAUCCCACAUGCAGGAAGUGAGCGGUCAGCAGAGAAAGCGCAUCGCCGACGUCCUGAACGGCCUCAUGAGGGACCUGAGCGAGUUCAGCGCCAUCGUGGGCAAUGGGGAGAUCAAACUGCCGGUGGAGAUCAGCGGGGCCAUCGAGGAGGAGUUCACCGUGGCCCGGCUGUACAUCAGCAAGAUCAAGUCGGAGGUGAAGGGCAUGGUGAAGCGGUGCCGGCAGCUGGAGAACAUGCAGCUGGAGUGCCACCGCAAGAUGGAGGAGACGGGCCGCGAGCUGUCCUCCUGCCAGCUGCUCAUCUCCCAGCAUGAGGCUAAGAUCCGCUCCCUGACGGAGUACAUGCAGAGCGUGGAGCAGAAGAAGAGGCUGCUGGAGGAGAGCCACGACUCCCUGAGCGAGGAGCUGGCCAAGCUGCAGGACCAGGAUAACUCAAUGGCGGAGGAGAAGGAGGGAGAGAAGGGCGAGACAGAGGAGGGUAACGUCAAGACGCCAGUCUCUGUGGUCUCUACUGAACAGAAGCCUCCCCGCCAGCAGGGGGACUCUCAUCGCGGGGUCCACCACAAGCAGCUGGCCCGCCUGCGGGAUGAGAUCAACGAGAAGCAGAGGAUCAUCGACGAGCUCACUGAUCGUAACUCCAAGAUGGAGAUCGAGCUGGCCCAGAUCCGCUCUGACUUUGAGCGUCUGAAGUGCCAGGACAACACCAAGAGCGAGCGGCUGGAAGAGCUCUCAUUCCUGCAUGAGCGUCAUGAGCAAACCAAACAAGACUUGAAGGGUCUGGAGGAGACUGUCGCCCGCGAACUCCAGACCCUUCACAACCUACGCAAGCUGUUUGUACAGGAUUUGACGUCGCGGGUUAAAAGAAGUUCCGAAAUGGAACCGGAUGAUAGUGGGGGGUCUUGCACCCAGAAGCAGAAGAUUUCCUUUCUUGAAAAUAACCUGGACCAACUUACAAAAGUUCACAAACAGCUGGUACGUGACAAUGCAGAUCUGCGUUGUGAGCUUCCAAAACUGGAGAAGCGUCUUCGGUCUACUGCUGAGAGAGUUAAGGCCCUGGAGACAGCACUGAGGGACGCCAAGGAGGGCGCCAUGGUCGACCGCCGCCGCUACCAGAAGGAGGUGGACCGCAUCAAGGAUGCCAUGCGGGCCAAGAACGCCCUCAGGCGCCCCCAUGCUGCACAGAUCGCGAAGCCGGUCCGGCCGAAGCAGCUUCCCACCUGCUCGCCCACCAACCCCUUCUACACGUACGUGCGCGCUAACGAUUACGGCAACGCCUACAGCAACGCCCUCUUCCAGAGCGCCCUGUCCCAGAAGGCGGCCGCCGUCACCAUCGCCUCCAACCCCAACUCCGUCCAGAGCAACGCAGUUUCCACAGCACUGGGCUACAGAGCGACCAGCAAGCCCACAGACAUCCUAGAGUCCUUCCCCCUCAACAUAGACAACGGUAAAAAAAGUGCCACCAGCGACACGAGAGACAUCAAUGAUAACAGGAGUGAUGUGCACUGUGGCAUUGAGGCCGAGGACCCAAACAGACACUACAUCAUUCAGCAGGAGACCGCCGCAAGUUAAUCCUAUGAUGACCAAUCACUGUUCCUGUCCAUGGAUCCCAUCACCCAGUCUGCAUGCAGCCUCUCUCUCCCACAUCCCCAAAAACUCUUAUUUUGAUGUUGAUGAUGAUGACGACGAUGAAGCCCUCUAUCCCUUGUUGUCAGCCCCCCUAUAGCCCACACUUACACAGCCCGAAGGUGACUUGUCUUUCUCUCACACACACACACACACACACACACACACACACACACACACACACACACACACACACACACACACACACACACACACACACACACACACACACACACACACACACACACACACACACACACAGACUCCUGUAAUCAGGUCCUGAGUUCAGCCAGCUUCGACUCUGCUUCAGUUCAGUCAUCUUGUCGAAAUAGUUUGUUUUCCAAGAGAACUUCACCAUCACAAUCGCAACAAAAUCGAAUGAACCGGAAACCAUAGAUCAAAUGGUUGAAUGUUAUUCUUUUACCAAACCAAAAUUUACAGGCACUUUCCCUGACUCUACUGAACUGAAACAGAGUUUGAUCGCUAGGCCAACUUGCAAAGGUUAAUUAGAAAGUAGAAACACCAUGUAAAUAAUAGCUAUAUAUUAUAUAUAGUAUAUACUCGGGUAGGGGUUUUUGACCAGUAACUGUUUCUGUGAAGGUACAGUCACCCCAGUCUCAAAGGCAACCUGUGAGGAAGCAUUGGGGCAUCGUAAGGAUGUUUGGUACCUAGAGUACGACUGUGUUCCGUCAAUCUCUGCAUGUAUGUAGCUUAUAGCGGGUUAGCUUAGAAUAAAAAAAACCUUUGCAUGUAACCAGACUGCAGACUUCAGCGCAAGUGCUACAAAUGGAUAAGAUGAUGGCAGACAGAGAGACAACUGAUAGACCUUCCCAAUUACUAAACACACGCGCCAUGAUGCUGUCAGGAGAUAGAGCUUAGUAGGCUAGAUAUUUUAGCUAGUUAGCUUGAUCAGUUAGCUAGUUAGAAGACAGCGAUUGGAUCUGAUUUCACAUGCUGUACUGCAUAGAAGUCAGGUCCAUUCCUGUCCUUUUUUCUGUGAGCUUCUGCAUCUAUAGUUUAUAGAAAAGAAUGGUUGAUAAACCUAUAGAGAAAAAAGGUUAAUUUAGACAGACCACGUAGGAAAAAAACUAGAUAUGCCCUGUAGUUUGGAAUUGGGGGUAAAGCAUAGAAGUAUCGACAAUGCAAAGAGUUCGAGGAAUAAAGCUACUGUACGUGUUAGGUAAUAUUGUCCACGGAAACACCCACCAUGCUGUCGUUCCCUGUCUGCGAGUCGCUCCACGUUUUACCAAUCCUUACCAACCGUUACUUUCUCAUUAACAAAUAGUGUUUGUGUACUACUGAUGUAUGUGUAACUACUAACUCUAGGGCUUCAGGUAACAAGCUUAAGCAUUAUCUUUUCACAUGAUUACUACACACUACACAUUUUAGAUUGUAGUGAGUCUGGGACGAACAGCGAGGCCAUCCGUUGAGGUAGAACGUCAUUGGUUUUUAAAAGUUUCUUAGCUGGGAUACCCGUGAUUGGGCGCAACUUUUCUGGCACUUAAUCAUAUGCAACUUUCUCCGCCUACCUGGCUUCUAACCAAUGAGGAAAUAUGAUGAGAUAAUUGACUUAUAGGCCCAUACCGUCAAGACAAUAACCCUUGUAAUUGUGUGUUCUCUGAUUAUCUCGAUAGAAAAGUGAGACCCCUGAAGUUUUAAAUUGUAAUGAAUUGUAUUUAUUGUACACUUAAAUGCAUGCUUGAAUCUAUUACCACCAAACAAGCAUAAAGCAUACAUUUCCUUAAGGUGUCAAAGCAUCAUAAGCCAUUGAGAGACUUCCAUACUGCCUGCACACGUAACUGCUUUGAUUCCUCUUUUAGAAUCCUGACCAACCAAUCAGGAUAGAGGGCCCCCAGCUAAGAAUUGUGUUGGGUCAGCUUUGGGGCUGUCUCAUUGGACGAGAGUUGAGUACCUGUAUGCAAAUGUACACUGUAUGUCCACAGCUAUAUUCCAUGGAUUGCGCCACUUUCUGAAUAAACGGGGGGAUAGAAAUACACCUCAGCAGUAGAAACAUGCCGCUCAGCCAAGUCGCAUCGGGUUUCUAAAAUGACACCUCUACUGAAAGCGUUUCUGUUCCACAUUCAAAGGUGGCCCAAACCAUACAAAUGAUACAAUCAAGUAACCAGCUUGGGGAAAUCGGGUACAACAUGUAUAAAGGUAAAGGAUAUAUGAGAACAAAUUAAUUCAUUAUUAUAGUAAAAGUAUUUUUUACUACUGGUAAAACUGUGACAGCACUUGAGAGUCAGUCAAUGUAGUCCAUGUUGCCGUUUGCCGGCGUUUUUCUCGUCUCAGGGCCAACCAAUCAGGAUCGCGGUGGGGCACGCUUCCUUGCGGUGUCUGUGGUUUGUAUUGUCAGUUGCAUAAUUGAUACUCGUGAUGUUUUUCAGAGCAAAAAGAGCAACGGUACAACUAUACAUAGAAGAGCUAUGUCAUUGUUUUACACAGCCAGACGUGAUUUAUUGUAAUCCUCAGCUAGCUCCUGGUCAGAGUACUUACCCAACCCAACCCCCGUCCACCCCCCCUUUAUCCGUCGAGAGUGACUUCAUAUCUCCGGCGUAAUUAACCUUUGUGGGCAAAGUGUGUACUAUAUAGCAUCACCCGUAUCUAUCCACGGUCUGAUUUUGGACAUCUUAUGAUGUAGUAAAUAUUGCUAAUCCUGUAAGUAUAGCUUGUGUGCUGCCGUGUUAUAUUGUGAAAACUAAAAGGUACACACGCUCAUUUUUUUCCGCGGCUCCUGAAUGUGUACCUCUUCAUUUAUUUGCGUAAGCUUGAACUGUAGGGUUGUCAUGAGUAUGUACAUCAUGCAUAUUUCUGUAUAUAUAUAUAUCUACGGCCGUUAGAAUGCUGUAAUAUCUGUGAACCGAUGUGUUGUAGUAAAAAUAUCAAAUAAACAUUUAGAAACCUGGU